AUACAAAGUACUUAGAAUCAUUUUCUAUUAAUCGAGAUAAGCAUUGAAAAAAAAGAAAGAAAGAAAAGGAAAAGAAGAAAGAAACGAAUAAUAAAAUUAUAUGCUUUAUGAGGUGGUACACUAUCAUUAAAAAUACAUUGUGAGACUAGUGACAUAAAAAAAAAGAUUGAAAUUGCGUGAUUACUUAGAGCUGUUGCAAAAUGGACAUAUUUGAACGUUGUACUUUAUCAUUGAAUAUUAGCGUACACUAUGUUGAAUACUGAUCAGUCGUUCGGCGUACUAUAGGCAAGUCCCUACGCGUUUUCAAGCAAUUAUACUAAUCAUCAUAAAGAAAGAAAUUCAUUUUUGAUAAUUUUCAUCCAUAAUAAGCACAAGGUGUUUAGUAGUGAUUUUGGUUCUCUUUUGUUACGAAAUAUUUGACGGAACGUGCACCCGAUAGUAGAUUAAAAAUUUACCGAAUUUAUUUGAGAAGGAUGUUAUUAAACGAAGUAUUGUGCGUUGUUUUCAUAAAUCAAAGUUGUAAUUAUAUGUCAUUAGCUUUACACGUAACAUAAUUUAAUUUUCAUGUGCAGCAAAUAUUUAUUUUAAGGGGAAUCAGGCUACUAAAAAUUUUAUGAUAUAUUGAAAUGCCCGCAAUUUUAAUUGAAAUUUAUAUUUUGUGCUAAUUAAUAUUUAUUUGUCAUUCACGGUUUUAAAACGUUAGCUUAAUCGUUGUUCGAUUUACAUAUAAUGAUUAGUUAGUAUUUACUGAAUCGUUCACAUUCAUUCAAACGAUAUAGUCAAAAAAUGUUACUUAAUUUUCGUUGCACCAUUGCUAGUAAUCAUCUUUAUGUUAAACUCGAUUGUUUCUUUGUUCCUUUCUAUUCUGUAUAUUAUGCAGAAAGAUCCUUUAACGCUUAACGAAUAGACCCUUUAACGUUAAGCGUGUUUUGGUUAUUCCGAACGUUACACCUCGCAAAAAGAAAGAAAACCUUUCACCAAAAAUUUAGUCGAUAGAAAAUCAUUAUCGUGUAUCUAUGUAUUUAUUUUAUUUUUAUCUAUUUGUGUUUUCUCGAUUGUCCUUAAAAAAAAAAGCUAAUUCCAUCACGGGGAAGCUUCCAACGAAUAUACGAUUUUUUAUCAUUAUCAUUUGCGUGAAUAACUAUUUUAUCGUAUAACAUAAUAGAUACAUCGUUUAUUUCCUUUAUACACGAAUCAUUUUAGACAGAAAUAUUUAUGAGACAGUAAAUGUAACUUAGGGCUAAAUAGCGUUAAAAUAGCCUUUAUUUGUAAGAUUAUAUCACUUUGAUUUCCGAUAAAAUAUAUUAAAUGUAAAUGUGUAAGUACAUGUACGUUCAAUACCAUAAACUGUUUUUUCUCUUGUUUUUUUUCCAAACAGUUUAAACAAAGAAAAGCUAGUAUAUUAGAUAAAAAGUACAAAUUUUCAACGUUAUGAUAAUACAAUAUGAUGAUGCAUUAGUAGUAUCUAGGAAAUGCAUCGGACAUUUAAGACAUUUUUUUGUUAAAAAUAGUAUCAUUGCCGAUCUUCUAUGAUGUAACAUUAUUUAAAAAAGGUCGAUGUCCGUGGAAGCGUAUUCGUGUAACCGGCAGGAGGGAUAGAAUGUCAAUAAACGGAACAUGAAAGUUCGGGGAGACAUGAAUUUCUCGUCUAUAUUACGCACAACGGGAAGUUGAAUAAGCCUGGUCUGAAGAAGAUUCGUAUUUGUGUAGGAUAGAGCUUUCGGCAAAACUAAUAUUUCAGGCGUUAGGAGAAGGAUUAGAGCGUGAAUAUGAUUUUUCAAAUGAAUAUUAAAAUUUUCGCCAGGUCAGCGAUCUACAUACGACAUAGAUAAAGUCUAUUUUUUUAGUAUUUUUUUGUAUAAAUUGAUUUUGUAUAAAAAACAUUUCUAUUUUAUUUUUCAAAGGUUAUUUUGUUUCCCUUUUGUGUGCUUUUUGUCGAUAACAAUCAUGUCCGUUCUUUAUUUGAAUAACGAUGAAUAAUACGAGUAAUUAAUAAACAGUAACAUUACUAAUUUAAAUAUCAUUCGUAAAUGCGCGCUGGGCUUAUGUAUAUUGCUUUGUCCAUUCGUUUAACAAUGCCUUCCAACAACAAAUCGAGCAUGGAAACAGACUCCACGUUGCAUCACGCAAUUUAAGCGAGCGUUUUAUUGUCUCUUACUGUGUAUGUAAAAAAAUGAUUCACUAUCGCGGGAUUUCGUUGUUCAUUUCUCUGAACCUAAAAAUCGGCGACUCAUCGGCAUCGUGUCUUGUCUUAUCGUGACAUCUUCAUCGUCAUUACGUUAUACUUUACAAAUAUAUUCUUUAAUUCAUUCAAAAAUACUAAGGUUCCAGGGUCAGCUUAACUUCGCGAGAAACGAAGUUGUCCCAUGGUCAAUUGAGUCACGGCUUUCUAAUUAGACAUUCCAUUUUAAUAUUUCACCUCGCGUUGAAACGGUUGCGAAUAUAUCACUGAUAUUAUCCACAGGCGAUAAUGUUAGCAGCAAUACUAGUAAACAAAAAACAUUUUGAAAACGAGGUAUGUAAUAAAGAUAAUGGCUAUUGAAUAUCAUGUCUCCUUUUCUUUUAUUUGUUCUUGAUAGAGCAAUUGCUAUAUCGAAGCAGAAUAAUAAUGUACAGUGACUCACGAAAGCUCAAACAAUUAUCACGGAAAAGUUUUCUGGAUGUUCUUAUGUUCGUUGUAUAACAUUUUCUGAAAUUUCUUUAACUUUUUAGCGAGAUACUACUGUCGUAAUAUGUUGGCAAAGUUUGAAAUGCAUAUAGAAGUUACAAGAUAUGUAUCGACAAAUAUGUAGAGGUCGUAAAAGUAUUUGGUAGACUAUGAAUAGUUGUUACAAACAUAUAGUUAACGUUAAAUGUGUUCUUCUUAAAUAUAUUAAAGGUUUAUUAACAUAAUUAAUAAUUGAUUGCUCGGAUAUCUUUGCAAUGUGUAUGUUUGCAGCAAAGAUUUUGUAACUUCGGAUUCUAAAUUUUGAUAUUCACGAUAGUUGUGUCUCGUUAUUAUACAUUUAUAGAAAAUUUGGAGAUAUAUAAUAUAUCCAAAGUAGAUUACUUAUUAUAACAUUUAGUAGAAGAAACAAAACUCUGCUUAUGUUCCACUUCUUUAAUUAAAAAUAUGAAUCAGCAUAAAUGUCCGUGACGUAGUCACUACAGUAUUAAUGAAAUUUCAAAUUAUUUUAUAUAACGCAAAUUACAUUCAAAUAUAUUCUUAUAUCACUAAGUUUCCGCUUAAGAUAUUUAGUUUUAUUGUACAGACGAUUUUACAUAUGUGCAAUUUCCUGUGUAUGGAAGUAAUAUUUCAUUACUUUUAUGGUAUGAGAUACUAGCAAUUCCGUGACAUGUUAAACAAUUUUAUCAUAAAGGCAAUUCAAGGUAAAAGAAAAGAACUUGAUUCUUCGCAGAACGAGCAUUAUUUCGUUUAAUAAGAAUUUUGAUCCAAUAUAAUUUGGCGAUAUAUGGUGACGAAUCGAAAAGUAUUUUAUGGUUCUUAUUUGGUGAAAGAAGGAAACUAUGACGAAUGAAGUGAUUCAUAGAGAGAAUGUCUUCUGUCAGAUUGAAGAGACUUUGGACAACUUCCGCCCUCAGGUUUUUAAAAGUAAAACGCUUUGAUGGUGGAAGGGAGUAGAUCCAAAUAAGAGAUGCUUUUGUUCUCUAGAAUAUUCCACAUUUCAUCCAUAAAACAUAAGUUGAAGUGUAAAAUGUCAGAAUUGAAUAUCUUUUACGUUACAGGAUAUUUAUAAGAAUAUGUUUAUCGACCAAUAUCGAGUAGAAUAUAUCGUAAAAAUAUAACAGAAACAUAAUCAACUACUUGCCUUAUAUCUUCAAGUCAGUUUCCAAACUGAUCUUUUGUUCAUAUUUUAAUUUCAUUACGUAAGUAAACGAUCAAUGUUCAGUUAAAAAAAAAACAAAUGACUCACGCACUUCCAUUAGUUUAAAUUUAUCGCAAGAAAAUAACGUAAAUAACAGUAAAUUUUAAGAUAAAUUUAAAAAACAGCUUCUAUUGGGGUGGCAACUAAGUGAUUGCGGAUCUUGUCAUUAUGUGGUAUUACUUAGUUGACAAUCCAAUACUACAUUAUCAUUUUCCCGUACUUUUCAAUAUAUGUAAUCGAUCGGUGCUGCUUCAGAACGAUUUAUAUAUUAUAGUUCUAUCCGACUUGAACAGAGGCAGUUUAGAUUUAUAAGAAAGUUUAAAUCAAAAUCAACUUCCAAUACCUCAGACUGCGAAUUAUUAGAUACAAAUUAGACAUAAUAUUACAAAAGUAAUUUAUAUGGUAUAUAUUGCUAUAACAGCGAACAAUUAAACGCUUAUUCAAAUAACUUCCAAAGAAAUCAUAAGGCAAGGAGUCGACGAAUAUAACUAUAUAUAAUAAGUAAACUGCGUAUAUUUAAUAAGUUCAUGUUUUCAUAAAUAUAAUUAAGAACAUGAAAUCUGGGUAAAAAAAUUGUUUUACCUAUUAAAUAUUACAGAGAGUAUUGUACUUUGGGUAUUUUAUAUGAAUAUUGCAUAUCACAUGCAUUCUAUGCACUUUUGCAUCUUUAAAUUUUUCAUAAAUGCAUAAAAAUUCACAGUCUGAUAAUAACGAUUCAAUAUUUCUGGUUUGAAAUCGUCAAAAAUUUGUUCCGUCAAAAAAUAUAAUGACUGAAAACAAAGAAAAGAAGAGAAGAGUCAAUAAAGGAUUGUUUGCGUGUUAAGCAGAUAAACUAAGCAUGAUAAUGUUUACAACUUAUAACAUUUGAAGUUUUUCAAUGAACCUGGCACGGAUCUGUCCUAUGGUGUCAAGACAGCAAUGUCCCUUCUUUCUGGUUCGGUCGUUUUCGGGUGCGCUCGGCUGGCUGGCGCGCGCUUCGUUUGGUGUACAGUGUACGGAGCCUCAGUAUUUGCUGCGAUUCCGUAAUAGUAGGACGCGUCUUCGCGGUGUUUGACUGGUAACCGCGUCGUAACCAAAAACGCGUACGCGAGGUGCGAGAACGCCCCAGGUAACCGUUUUUGUAACUACCCGCGUGUACCCCGGGUGAAAAUUACCGACUCGUGUUACACAUUUUCUCUGUCUGAUUGGUGUGUACUGCUGUACACUGGACAUCAAUUAAGAGAGAGGAGAAAGAGGGAGUGAAAAGGGCUACACGCAGGGACUGCAGAGAAAGGAAAGACGGAAGGAUUAUAUAUUCGAACAACAUGGCCACUGCGAUCGACGACCGGCAGGAGUUGCUGGAGCAAUUUCAAGCGAUCGACGAGAAUGGGGACGGGUUCAUCAAUCUUACGGAAUUGCGAAGCGCUUUGGACAUCUGUGGCUUCAAGAUGCCUGGUUACAAGGUGCGUCAAAUGAUCGAGGAAUACGACGAUAAGCAGAGGUCGGAACACAAGGGACGACUAUCCUUCGAAGAGUUUGAGAAACUCUGUAAAGAACUGAAGGCGAACGAAUUGGGAUCCACGUUUAAACAAGUUGUCUCGAAGAAGGAGAAUUUAGAAACAUUGGGAGGAAUUUCCGAGGCAUCCAGCGAAGGGACUACGCAUUCUGUUAGAUUGGAGGAACAGCUUGCCUUCAGCGACUGGAUCAACACAAAUUUGUCACACGAUCCUGACUUGAAACAUCUGCUGCUCAUCGAUCCCGAAGGCAAGACCUUAUACGACAAGGUUAAGGAUGGAAUUCUUCUCUGCAAAAUAAUCAAUCACUCCUGCCCCGACACGAUCGACGAACGUACCAUCAACAAGAAGAACCUGACUCUCUACAAGAAGCACGAGAAUCUAACGUUGGCCCUAUCAUCAGCCCAAGCUAUCGGUUGCAAUAUCGUGAAUAUCGACGCGCACGAUCUGACGAAAGGUUCGCCUCACCUGGUCCUGGGACUUUUAUGGCAAAUUAUACGUAUCGGCCUGUUCAACCAGAUCACCCUGGAAAAUUGUCCAGGCUUGGCCACUCUCCUACAAGACGGAGAACGCAUCGAAGAUCUUCUAAAAUUAUCACCGGAAUCUAUCCUGCUCAGAUGGGUGAACCAUCAUCUGGAAAACGCCGGUAUAGCCAGGCGAUGCCACAAUUUCCAUACGGAUAUCACCGACUCGGAGGUCUAUACGUACCUCAUCAAGCAAAUCGCACCGAACACGGCUGGAGUUACUCUGGAGGCUCUAAUGGAGCCGAACCAUACCUCUCGAGCGGAAAUUAUGUUGCAACAGGCGGCUAAGCUGGGCUGCCGUAGCUUCGUAACACCCAGCGACGUGGUCAACGGCAUAUACAAGCUGAAUCUCGCCUUUGUCGCCAAUAUGUUCAAUAACUAUCCUGGCCUGGACAAACCAGAAAGCAGCAUCGAAGGCCUAGAAUCCCUGGAAGAGACGAGAGAAGAGAAAACAUAUCGAAACUGGAUGAACUCGAUGGGCGUGAUGCCUCAUGUGAAUUGGCUGUACUCCGAUCUGGCCGAUGGUCUGGUCAUCUUCCAGCUUUACGACAUCAUCAAACCAGGCACCGUGAACUGGAACAGGGUGCACAGAAAGUUCACGAAACUGCGCAAGUUCAUGGAGAAAUUGGAGAACUGCAAUUACGCGGUCGAGCUUGGGAAAACGAUGAAUUUCUCGUUGGUCGGAAUCGCUGGCCAGGAUAUCAACGAUGGAAACGCUACGUUGACUUUGGCUUUGAUCUGGCAGUUGAUGAGAUCGUACACGUUGUCGAUUCUCACGUCGCUGGCAGGCACCCAAGGUAGCACUUUGGUCGAGAAGGAGAUCGUUCAGUGGGUGAACUCGAAGCUUCAAACGGCAGGGAAGACGAGUGGUAUCAAGGGUUUCCAGGAUUCGUCGAUAGCCGAUGGAAAAGUGGUGAUCGAUCUUAUCGACGCCAUUAAGCCGGGGUCUGUGAACUAUGACCUCGUGAAGGAAGGCGGAACCGAAGAGAACAACCUGGACAACGCGAAGUACGCGAUAUCCUUGGCCCGAAAAUGCGGCGCACGCGUGUACGCGCUGCCAGAGGACAUAACCGAGGUGAAACCGAAGAUGGUGAUGACUGUGUUUGCCUGUCUGAUGGCGAUGGACUACAUCCCCAAUAUGGAUUCCGUGAAGCAGCAGAACAACAUUGCGAACAACGGUCAAUAAUGUCGCGCCGCUUGCGAUUCGUCCGCGUACGGUGUUUUCGCUGUGCACGGCAGGAACUGUGUCGACUGAGCCAUGGUUUGCGCGCCGUGUCUCUUCUACGAGCGUAAUAAUUGUAUAUACACCUAGGUUAGAGUAGUUUGUUUUCCAAGACCGGAACAACAAAAAAAAAAAAGAGAAAAGAAUGGAGAAGAAAGAAAAGGAAAAUGGAGAAAUACCGGACCGAGAGAAGGGGAAGAAAAUGUCGUUUAAUAUAGAGAGACGACGAUUUAAACGAACACGUUCUUUUCACGUCGUCCGCUAGUUAGGCAGAUACUUCGCAAGAUUUGGUUUGGUUCAGAGCAUGCGACGAAAGUGAUUUUCCAAAUGGUGGUUUUUGAAAUUUUUUAGUAGAUAGAGUGGAAGAAAGUAGAGGACAAAUCGCCACGUAGACUUUUGCUAGCGAGCUUUCAGUAAGAAUCGUACGAGGAUACAAGUGGAAAGUGUUUGUCAUAAUCGGACGGUUCGGACGACGCUUUAGAUAACAAUUUUUUUUCCUCGUUUUUUGCGGAAAGGAAACAUGUUUCGACGAGAUAUAAUGUUGCUUAUCGAUCGCUGAUUGUUCGCCGAGUAUGUACUGUGCACCGUGGUUUGUGAUAUGGGAUUUCUCCUUCUCCGAAUGUUUCCGCAAUCAUAUCCCUUGUCUCACUCUCUCAAUAUUUGUAACCGUGAUCAUUUUUUAGAUUUGUAUGAAUCGAUUUUGUAACGAUGUCUGCCUGUCAAUGGUAUUGAUGAUAAGAGGAAGAUUCGAUACGACGAUCACGAUCUUAUACGAAAUAUCUGAACGUUAAGAGACUUCGGUAACUCGAGGGGACGAAAUAAUUCGCGUAUACCGGAUAUACGUGGCUUUCAAAUUGUCGAUCAUAUAUACAUAUAUACAUAUAUUUACAUUCUUAAAUCAUAUAUACAUAUACAUUUGAGAUGUGUACACGUGUUUGAUACUGCGAGUGUGAAAAUUGUCAAAACUUUACAAUGACAAUGUCUUCGAUCAAUAAGUCAAUCAGUCGAGCAAUUCAAACGAAACGAAACUUCUAGGAAAACGUUGUAUCUAUGCAUUUAGUGAAAGAAAGAAACAACAAACCGCUUUAUACGAAACUUAUAUCGCGAGGUACCAUUUCCCAAUGUUCAUCUCUAAAUAGAUCUUCGUAGAAAAUUGUUCGUAUCGUUUUCAGGUAAAUAUUUCAUUUUCAUCGAACGAUACGUCUGAAGGCGAAUUAUACACGAUAUUUGGAUUCGUUUAAUAAAAGAAGAAAAAAAAGAGAAAGAAAGAAAGAAAGAAUAAUACCAAUCGAAGGCAAUAUACAAAGGAGAACGUAUAAGAACUGGAACUAUCGUUGUAAAUUUGUGACGUGUCAAGAUUUUUUUCAUUUUCGUGUUGUACCCAGUCAUUCGCCAUGAUUUAACACGGUGAAUACGAUCGAUGCGAUGCGUGAACCGAUUCCAUAUAUCGUUGACGAACGAAACGAACGCACAAGGAUCAUUGUAAUCGUGCCAUUAUAAAUAUUGAGAUCGUAAUCGUGAUUGGAUGCUUGUUGUAAUAUUUAACGAUCGAUUCCAACAAAACGUACUUACGUAUUUAAAAAAGAAAGAAGAGGACGCUUUAAUCUACAUUCUACAGCGAGCGACGAAACAACGCUGGUUCCUCUUGGUCGUACGCGUUUUUUUAUAUUUGGCGCGCGUAUUCCGACGCAACGAAGCUCACCUUGUAGCUGAAAGAGUGUACAGGUUAGGUUCGUUGCAGACGAACUACGCGAUAUCGUUGCAAUUUUGCAUCGUACGAAUCAUCGUACGCAGUUUCGCAUCGAAUCACUUUGCAGCGAUAUCGUACGAUUCGAUAGAUUGAUAUUUCCGAAGCUAUAACAUUUCGCUGUUGCAAGGAAAUUAAGGAAUCAAUGGCUGAUGUAAUUGAGCGACGUGAAGUUGUCGCAACUUCACAUAGCGCGCCAAAUUUGAACUUGCUACAGAAAAUUCAUGCACCUUUCCAAUCAAAACGAUUAAACUGUCAAUUCGUACAUCAUCGACGCAAAAUUGCAACGAUGUCUCAUUCGUCUGAACGACGAAUCAUUCUUUCGUAGUUGGAAAAUGUCAUUUGGCAAUAGAAGCGAAAAGUCGAUUGACUGAAUCUACUUUGUACUUGUUGUACCGUCUUCUUUUCCUCUGUUUUAUUAGAGAAGAAAUUUUGCGCAUUAUAUGCGAUGAAUAAGCGCGACACGAUCGCGAGAAACGACAAGUUUUAAGAGAACCUUGUCGAGAGCUUCGUACGGAAAUUUCAGCUUUUAGACGUUUUAUGGACCGCGCUAUGUAUUCGAGGAAGAAUCUAAGUGCAUUUUCUAUUGCGACUAUACGACUAUAUGUUCGUUAGGUCUCAACUAAAUUAAGAUUAAAAGUCGGUUGGUUAAUCGAUGAAUCGUACGAGAAAAAAGAUCGUACUGGGAAGAUCGAUCGUAACUUGAAAAUUAAAUAUCGAACGUGCAAUCCAUCGAUGCUUGGGGCAUUCCUAUGUGGAAACAAAAGGAAAGAAAACAAGUUUCUCAAAGAAACAGGACACAAGCUAAGCGUUUCUUAAUUAAGGAUCAAAUUAUCCUUUCGAUUGUUAGAUGAAAUCGCGCGUUACGUUAUCCAUUCCAUAGAUAACACUCGUACCAGGCUGCAUUUGUUUCUGAAGUAACAGGAUACGAAAUUACAUUCCGUGUAUCCUGAGUCGAGAUAAUCGAAUUCGAAGGAUGAGAAAGAAAUUUAGAAACAUUCAAAACGCUGAAAAACACGUUUCGAUAUUCUCUUCUGUAAUUUUUACGAGUAUCGGGGCGUAAAUCUGUUAAAAGAGGGCCGUUUGCAAUCUGCGCACCUAGAUUUAAGAUUUAGUAAGGAGAGAGAAAUUUUGCUCUGUUCCCUAAGGCGAAAAUUAGAUUAGGAAAAGAAACAAACAAAAAAAAAAAAAAAAAAGAAAAGAGAGAGAAAAAAGAAGAAAGAAAGACACGCGUGGACGCGGGAGGAAGAUCACGAAUCACGUUACGCUAAGAGUUCUUUUUCCCUGUAUUUUUGUUUUAAUCGAUUCGUCAAUCAAUUUCAACUUACAAUGAUCGCUGAACUAGAGAAAACAAAUGUGUAUACGUUCACAUACACACGAUAUUCUGUGCGUACAUGGACGUGUGUGGGUCACCGUAGAUAUAUAAUUUAAUGUAUCCGUAAUUUAAAUAAAAAGAAAUUUAUCUAAUAA